AUGCGUGUUUCUGUUUUGCUUAGAUUACAGAGACGCUAUAUAUACAUAGCUUGGCAAAGGCCUAGACGCAGACAGAAAAUUGUUUCACACUUUUCAUGUCUUGCUGAUGCAUUGUUACUUCAAUCUAACCUGAAAAUAUUGGAAAUCGUUUUAACGUUUAGAACGUUAUUCAGAAGAAAAUCAGAGCUUGCAGCAACAACCGCCACGCGCACGGACCAGGACAACUUCCCCAAUGACCCUCUGGUGAAGUUGGCAGAAGUUUGCUUCCAGGCUAUCCCACCUGUCCUGGAAGCCACUGGCAAGGUGAAGAAUCCUUGGCCAAACGUGGAUGCCCUUUCCGGCACUUGCAUGCUUUGA